UUUCAUUUUAUUAAUUAAUCAACAUCUAUUCAAUAUGACAAGUGUUCAUCCUGAUUCUAUUACAUCAGAAAGAUUACCUUUAACCAUGGAUAAUUUAAAGAAAAAGACGCUCGAUUCUGGUAUAUCAUCUACUGAUGAUGUAUUAGAACGUUAUUGUCAAGAUAUAUUAUUACAAUCUAGUUCAACAACACCAAAAAGACGAAAACAACGAUCUACUCUAUCAUCCGAACACUCACGUCGUCAAAGUGGUAGCAUCAAAUCAUCUACAAGUAGAGAUAAUACUGUCAUGGCAUCCCCACGUUUACUACCUUUCCCGUAUCACAAUGACUCUCUUUUUUUGCCUACUGUGGAACAACAUCGUCAAUUGGAACGAGCGAAAUCAGUGGCUUCCACUUCAUCCAUGUCUUUUACCGCUAAUCGUCGUCAGAGCAAUAAUAAUAGUACUAUCCAUUCUACUCUUUCAUCAUCAUCAUCAUCACCACCUCUUCCAAGACGACAAUCAAGUGCUCCACCAACCAUAUCAAAACGUCGCAAAGUGGUCCAUCAAUCUGAUCUUCCAUCAUCACAAGUACCUACUCAAACAUUACCCAAGAAAAAACAUCUCUCUUCACCUAAACCAUUUACAAAAGCUUGGUUUGAACGAAUAUGGAAGUUGAUGAAAAAAUCAUCACAGCGUCAUAGAUCAUCUGUACCUUCUCCUCCCUCUGUUAUGGUCAUGGUGAUGCCUUAAAGAAAGUUAUUAGUAUCAUACGUAGUUAGUUUUAUAUGUUUAUUCCUUCAAUAUGUCUUUUCAUUAGCAACUUUCCAUUCUUUUCAUUUCCUUUCUUUUUUUUUUUUUUUGUUAAUUUCUUCUUAAUCAUUUUAUUUUAUAUCAUCAUUCUCUUUUCAAUUAUUUAUAUGAUAUGUUAUUUCUUUUGUAAUACAUUAUGCCUCCCUCCUGACUUCUCAAUAAAAAAAAAAAAGUGUACCCAUUUUCAGACAACUGCACUCUUGAUCCUUCCAAUUUUUUCAUCCUCCGAAACCUUUUCAAAACCAUGACGUUUCCCUUUUAU